AUGUCGCAUACUAUCUUACUAGUCCAACCUGGUCCUAGACCGGAAACCAGGACAUACUCAGAUUACGAAAGCGUCAAUGAUUGUAUGGAAGGAGUUUGUAAAAUAUAUGAGGAGCAUUUGAAGAGAAGAAACCCUAAUACGCCGACUAUCACCUACGACAUUUCUCAGUUGUUUGAUUUUGUUGAUCAGCUGGCAGACUUAAGCUGUCUUGUUUACCAGAAAUCCACAAACACCUAUGCACCAUACAACAAAGAUUGGAUUAAAGAGAAAAUCUAUGUUUUACUACGCCAGGCAGCUGGUCAGAGCGACUGA